CUGUCAAAUAGCAGUGAGCGAGCGCAGCCUCAAAGAUUGGUAAUGUGGCACAUUGAAAGACAGGCGGUCAGACAGUAGCUACAUUUUCUUUUUCACGCUAGAAGGGAAAUUGUUUGAUUGCUCUGGUCGAAUAAGAAUUUAAUCCCUCCCCUUCAACUGAUUUAUAGAGACGUUGUGAAAUUUACGUUUGUCCUUGCAUAGCGUUUGUUUCUGAAAGAAAAUGGCGGAUGUCGAGACUGGUGGUGCUGCGCCGGAGAAGAGCCUGGAUGAUUUCUUUGCCAAGAGGGAUAAAAAGAAGAAGAAAGAAAAGGGAGGCAAGGGAAAGGAAGCCCCAGCUGGGCCCACACCAAUUGUCUUGAAAAAGAACAAGAAGGAAAAGGAGAAGUCGGGCACGAAAAACGAAAAUCAAGAUGCGCAGCCGGAGAAGGUAACGUUAGCUAGCGUCGCGCUAGUACUAGUUAGCCAGCAAGCUACUUGCUACUACUAGCCAAGUCAAUCUGUUGCUAGCUAGUUUGCCUCAUAACGGUGAUGACUCAUGGCUGUUUGGUAAUUCACAAUGGCUGGCUAGUUAUUACACCGGCCUCACACACGACUUAUGGAGCGAUAUGUACGUUUUAGUUAGCUACCUAGCCAACUAGUUCGCUACUUAAAACAGCAAUCCAAUAAUUGAGUUCGCAAGCUAACGUUAGCUAGUUAGACUGCACACUCACGAUGUAUUCCAGACGGUGAGCAGUCGUUUCUCGAUUACUUUAGGCCGCGCCACUGUCAGCUUUCUCGAUUGAUCAACGAUAGUUAACGUUAGUGUGGCUAGCAUGUUUUCGACAAGUGAAAACUGUAACAUGCCUCGUGACGAAUUUGAAUAUUAUUGGUAAAUACAGCCAGCAUUGUAGUAACAUGCGUCAUGACGAAUGUAAAUACAACUAACUUGCUAACUGAUUAAUUUAGUCCCAUCUGUCAAUUUGGAAGACGAAUAAUGUACUAGCUAUUUGGCCUCAUUCACUAGAUGCUUAGGCCUACAAUAUUCGUCUGAGGGUUCAGAUGGUUGGUCCUGGGAAAUGGAGACUGGACUCCAGCUGUUAAACGUAGAACCAUUUGUGUAGACAAAUGAUGCACAGAAAGAGUAGAACCUACUGGUGAUAACGUUACUAGUAGCUAGCAUUUUAAGCAGAUAACGUGGUUCUCUGAGGUUAUGACACAUUUUCCAGGGGUGUUGUGAUGCUUUGAGACUAUCUCAAGUUAGGGCGUGGCCUGUAUCCAGAUCCUAGUUUCUAUUUUAUUUGUACCCUUGACAAACUUUUCUUUUGAUGGCCAAGUUUGCAUGAUCAAUUGAGAUUGAUAUGAUGACGACACAAAUGUAUGAAGCCUUGGGGUGCGUUCGAAAAUUCAUUCUGGCCAUCUACUCCGAUUUCAGAGCUAUCUCGUCGGAGCGCAGAAUAACUGAUUAAUUUAAGAAGGCUCAACACCCAUUGAAUAUGGCCGGUGUCGGCAAAAAAAAAAAAAGUUAAAUUGUUGCCAGCAGCACAGUUAGUCACCAACGCUCUGGAUAACGUGAAAACAGCCUAACCAGCUCUGCAAGUUCGAGUAAAAUGGUCAGAGUGAAGUGUUCUCUCAUUUGUGUCUGGAAGUAGCUAGUCAACGUUAGUCAGUUAGCAUGGGUGCUUGACUGCCGUUGUGAGGUCAUAACGCUCGGAUCAACCCUACUCCUCAGCCAGAGCGUCCAGUGUGCGCUCUGAAUGCUCUGAGAAUUUACAAACGGACAAUCUGACAAUGCUCUGAAUUUACGAACGCCCUGAGCGCACUCUGGCACUCCAGAUUGAAUUUACGAACACACCUUUGGAUUGCUAAACCAUCAGUCAGUGGGUUGUGGAACUGAUGAGCUGUGCUCUGUCUGCAGGAGGACGAGGAGUGGAAGGAGUUUGAGGCGAAGGAGGUGGACUACAGCGGACUCAGACUGCAGGCUCUGCAGAUAAGGCAAGGCUGAACAUUAGGGGGGGGGGAACAGGGUCGCAUUCAUUCAGUGGGCAGAAAACAGUAGCCUAAUGACAUGUUAAACAUCUGUACUAGUUGCACAUUUUUGUUGACUGUGUUAUCUCUGGCGGUUGUGGCAGUGAUGAGAAGGAGGAAGAGGAGUAUGAGGAGGAGGUCGGUGAAGAUGGAGAGAUCAUCCUGGUCAGUGGAGACAAAAUGUCUGGGCCCUGGAACAAGUCUGGUGCCCAGCCCCCUGCCGCUGCCCCUGUUGGUGGGUAUACCUUUCUCCGCUCUACGUAUCAAUUCCACACUCUUAAUUGUAGUAUUAAAAAGUGUUACUCCCAUAUAGACCCUAUAGUUUUGGCAAUUCAUGUGGAUAAAUAAUGAGCCUUGCCCCUGUUUUUACUGACUGGUUCUCUGCUCUCGUCUCUACAGAGGUGGAAGAGGUGCCUGAGUCCAAGCCUUCUGGGGUGUACCGCCCCCCAGGGGCCCGACUGACCACCACCAAGCGUGGCCCCAACCAGGGGCCCCCUGAGAUCUUCAGCGACACACAGUUCCCCUCACUCGGGGCUGGCUCCAAGCAUGUUGAGACACGCAGGUCAGUGCACCUCUAAAUAUCACUCAUCUUACAAACAUGCGUAGGUGGGCACACAUACAAAGUGUAGAAACGUCUUAAAGUUUGUUUAAUUAAUAUAUCCAAUGCUUGGGUUUCAGGGACAGGGAGAUGGAGAAGACCUUUGAGGUGGUGAAGCACAAGAACCGUGGCCGAGAGGAAGGAGGCAGUGGGGCUUCCCUGCAGCAGUUGGAGCUUGGUAACCAGUAUGCCAUCUUGGGGGACAAGUAGCACACCCCAACCCCCCUCCCCUCCCCCCGCCCAUCCAACGUGGUCUUGCCCAGCCGCCAGAGGGAGCUGAACUACAGCUGUGUGUACCUAACUACAGCGCAGUCCUGAAAAUGAAUGCUGGCGCUGCUGCCACCACCACACUGGACCUUCUCUCCCUCACACCCAGUACAAUACAUACAAACACACUCCCAUACACCUCACACAGUGAACCAUAUACACUGACACACACUUUACAUCUACAUGCAUUAUAUGCAGUACGUACACAAAGCACUUGGUUGGCAAAACUGAAGGACUACAUCCAAAAGGGCUGUGGCAAGUGAUUAACUGAAACAAAAAAAAAUCUAAUCUAUAUGAUACACCCAUAUGAACGACACUGCAGCAUCAACAAUAGCAAACGGCAACGUACGGUUGUUUUUUUGGAUUGUUUUAAGAGCAGCAGUUGUAUGGUGCAACUUCUCUGGACUUCAACUUGCUUUGAUGAUAAAGCCACAGAGGAUCGAAGACACAAAAUUGUGCGAGUUGAAUUUACGAACUGUUGAGAAUAGAUAUAUUUUUUGCGAGAUCGUUAUAACCCGAACUGCACAUGGUUGGGGUGUGUUUGAGUUAUGAUUAGGGCACGUGAGGGGAGACUACCUCAGUCGCAUAGCUGUGGUGACCAUGUUGAGCGGGCUUUGGCUCUUGGUGGUGAGUGGGGCAAACACCAGCCCUGCAGAAGAGAAGACCACCAGGCUCUUUCACUUAGAAACUUGAAGAUUUGUUUUCCUCAAGAAUGGGACUCCUGCAAAGAUCUGUGGACACAGGAGAGAAGUUAUGGUCCUCAUUUAGAAUGACUAUUUAAAAGUGGCCUUACUGUAAAGAGCAAGAGAGGGAAACUGCUUCGUCCUCUGAAGAGAAACUUGCUCGUUGUCUCAUGGGCUGUUGCCUGCCUCCUGGAUCUCGCCACUUAAAGAGCAACCAACCUCCUUCCCUGUUCAAGAAUGUAGUGCUGAGUUGUAGUUUGUCAGAAGAUUAUACUGACUAACUGUCCUUCAUAUCCACCGUUUGACUUGCUCCCAUUUAUUUUUUUAAAUUUGAUUAUUAACAUUGGCAAACCAUUAUUAAAGCUCCUCCUUUCUAAUCUGAAGUCAUUCCUUUGGUAGAUGUUUUGACUUUUUACAGGAUUCUGAGGAUUCGGUCCUGGGUUUUGUCCUUUGUUUUACUUUGAGGGCUGUGUUUCCACCACAGUGUUCAUGAACUUACACCAUUGUGUAGAGGUGGAACAUGGGAAAAAUAGACUGACAUAUUGUUACAGGUGCAAAGAGAUAUACUAGCUACAACGUCCCAAAAAUGACUCUUCUGUACCCAAUGCCUGUAAUUGACCACAGUAAGUAUGGCCUGUCAUACUGCUGUCCAUUUUGAUUACAUAUCUGUUUGCUUUCUCCUAUAUUAAUAGAAUUGCUUCGGUCCAAGACAUUCAAGUUUACCCUAUUCUGCAGCAUGGAAUUCACCCAUCUUUCGCCAUCCUCCCCAUAGAGAUAGUUGCCCUCAAAGCUCCUUCUCCAAAUAUGAGAUGUAUUGUUUCCGUACUUAUUGAAAUGUUUGUUGAGCAGGUCUGUGACAUGUAACCCUGGUCCUGGAGAGCUUCAGUCAGUGCCUGCUAUCUUUCUGCUUGGGCUCCAAACCACCUGACCACUGUCUCCUCAUGAACCGAUGCAGAUAAAAAAUAAAGGUCAGGUGGUUUAGAUUAGAAUAACUGUGUUUGCAUUUCCUUAGGUUGAACAGAGGGUUAGAACUAAGAAGAGCUGGAGUUGUUCACACAUUUCUGUCGAAGCCAUUCGAAAUAUAAUGGAACUUAGAAUUUGCGAAUGGAUGGCCAGAGUUGUGGAGGGCACUGUAGCACAUAAAGCAUCCUGUGGACCCCUGCCUAAACAUUGUGGGUGGAAGUAGUGAACAUUUCUACUGAGAACUGUUAAUCAAAGACUAGUUUAAGACAAAAUAAACAGUGAUCCUUGUGAUGGGUGUCUUGUCUGAGUUCUUAACCUGAAAGUGACUGUUUAUUUCACAGGUAGGCUAGAUGUUCAUGUGAAAGGCCACACUGAGAAACUAUUCUGCAAGAGUAUUGGCAACUGGUAAGUACUGAAUUUAAGUAGGCACAGUAAUGCACAUUGAUAAAUUAUUUUUCAGAGCACCAUCUUGGGUUGAGCCUUAAAUGUAAUUGCAGUUUAAAAGCUGAUAAAUUGCACACAACAUUUUAGAUACAGGAUGUCAAUUUUUUUUGCCAGUUGUAUAUUGAAGUCGUUAACUGUAUCUUAAGUAAUUUCAUUAGUUCUUGAGGGUUCACCUCACCAGCUGUGAGUUUGGUGUUGCCAUUGUGUUUCCUAAAUCAGUGCUCUGCCGAUGUGGUACUGAUGGUUUGUCGGGACUGAUGUUUGACACUUCUAACAUUUUAGCUAAACCAGCUAUGGACAGAAGUUACUUAA